AGCGCCCAAGAGUGAUCAUGUGAUUUGGAGGCCACAAUGUAAACACUGUUCGCUCAGUUUUUGCCAGUUUCAUUUUGCUUAAUUAAAAGAAAUCUUCAAUGACAACUAAGUGUAUUUUGUAAGUGUUCUUUAGAAAGAAUUAAUUUUAAAGCGUUCUGUGUGCAGAAAAGUUAAAGAUGGCGGGUGGAGGGAUAUCUGAAGCAGGAGCACAAUAUUCCCGUGUGGUGGGGUUAAUGUAUGUGUUCAACCUCAUUGUCGGUACUGGCGCACUCACAAUGCCGAAAGCUUUCUCCGAGGCAGGCUGGCUGCUGAGUCUGAUUACCAUAAUCAUACUGUCAUUUAUGAGCUUCCUCACUGUAACCUUUGUGACAGAAGCCAUGGGGGUUGCAAAUGCUGUGUUAAAGGGUGGUCAGCAUGUAAGAUCAGUGAGUAUCAAUGACGAUGAGGUUACAGAUGAAAGAAAACCUUUACUGGACCCCGUUCCUACACUUAAUGCUGGAACUUCAGUGAAUAUUGGCACGUCAAAUCCCUUUGAAAUCACAGAAAGAACUGAACUGGGACAAAUGGCGGGAAUGUUUUUCAACAGAGCGGGGAUCUUGUUUUUCAACAUCUGUAUUGCCAUAUAUCUGUACGGCGAUCUUGCAAUCUACGGAGCAGCCGUGCCCAAGACGUUACGAGAUAUUUCAUGUACAUACAACGUGCCGACCAUCAACAGCAGCGAUUGCGGUAACAGUACGGUCCUCGCUGACAGCGACCCUUGCUGGAACUCCUCCCAUCUCACACGGAUGGGCAUGUACAGGAUAUGUGUGGCCGGGUUCUUCGUUCUACUUGGCGGAUUUACGUUCUUCAAUGUUCAGAAGACCAAAUACCUUCAGUACUUGACCUCGCUGUCACGUUGGAUUGCGUUCGGAAUGAUGAUAGUGCUUGCCGUGAUACGCAUCUCCAAGAAGCAAGGUCAAGGUCACCCAUCCGUGGCGACCAUUGGCGGUGUACCCAAUCUGUUCGGCGUCUGUGUGUACGCAUUCAUGUGUCACCACUCGCUGCCUUCGCUCAUAACCCCCAUUAGAAACAAGUCCAAGCUGUACAAUUUGCUGGCAGCGGACUAUCUGUUGAUCCUCCUUUUUUACGUUCUUGUCUCGUUUACGGGUAUUUAUGCUUUCCAGGAGAUAGACGAUCUUUACACGCUGAACUUCUUUCAGCCUGAUGCAUGCGACGAAUCGAAAUCCAUAACCCGCGUGAAAUUCAUACAAUACUUUCUCGCCUUAUUUCCCGUAUUCACGCUUAGCACAAAUUUUCCUAUCAUCUCCAUUACAUUACGGAACAAUCUGAAAGCGGUAUGUUACAAUGAAAAAAGGCCGUACACUUUCUUCGUGGACCGAAUAGUCUUUCCCUUGGUUGCGCUCAUUCCUCCGUUUGGAAUUGCUCUUGCGACCAACAAAGUCGAGUUCCUAGUCGGAAUUACCGGCUCCUAUGCAGGGGCUGGUAUCCAGUAUAUCAUCCCGGCUUUGCUGGUGUUUUACGCCAGACGUCAGACGGCACCUUCGAUGGCCGUUGAAAACGUGCAUCGAUCUCCGUUCCGCGGUUAUUUGUGGAUCAUUUUUGUUUGCGUUUGGGCCGUCCUAUGUAUGAUUUUUGUCACCGUGAACCACAUUAUUAGUAGAAAAUGAUUUUUGUAAUAGAAAAAUACUCGAAAGACUUAUCAAAAUGUGUAUUGCAUUUAAAAGUAGUCUUUGUUAAAUAUUGCAUAAGUUUCAUAAACAAAUUAGACGUUUGCAUUAACUGACUUUUCCAGGGUAAUACCAUGUAUAUUACCAUGUAUAUAUGAUUAUGGUAUUACUUUUUUCGGUGACACGUUCAACAGUUUUGUGUGAAAGAGACACAUUCGUUACAAUGCAAACCAGGGCGAUUAGUAUAGUGUAUUAGUUUGUCGAACUAAGACGAAAUUCUCAGAAAAGCCUAAUACACUAGUUUUUGUGUAUUACCUCAGAGAUAAGAUGCGCUCUUUUUAGCUAGAUCAACUUAUAUACCCCACCCUCAUUUUGCCGUAAUUGCUAUUAAUACUUAUGUAUAAUUUAUGCUUUAAGAGAUAUAUAAUGCAAUUACGUUUUGCAAUUAUGGACAAAAAACAACAAUAGAAGAGGUGGCUAUGAAAAACCGUUCCCCGUUCAACAUAGUAAUUUUAGCUAAACGUUCAUGUGUGUAUUAAAAUAAGCUAUUUGAUAGCUAUUUGUAAUAUGAACGCGAAAUAUAAGCAUUGGUUUUAUGUGCAAUUUUAGUACGUUUACAAAAAUAUGUCUAUUUUAGUUGUAUUGUUUUUAUUUUUCAUUUUAUUUCAAUUCAUGUAAAGUGUUUUUAAAUCAUUUUAAAAUGACAAUUUACUGAGAUUGUAUGUAUAAUUGUUGUAAAGAUUAUGUCAGUUUUCUCUUAAUGUCAGUUUUCUCUUAAUAAAUAUUGUUUGUAAGUUUUCCAUUGUAUACAGUCAGACACAUGUUGUACAACAAUAUGUACCGCCUAUUUCAAUAUUGCCAAUCCGUUACAAUAUAUUUAUAAAAACAAACCAUAUACUAUAAAUGGCA